AUGGAUAAAGAAAGCGCGGCCGCAUCGAUCGACCGAGUGGCGACCAGGAUUCCGCCGUUCUGGGCUCGCGAUCCCGAGCUGUGGUUCCGCCAGGUGGAGAGUCAAUUUGCGCUCUCGGGAAUCACAAACGACGAUACAAAAUUUCAUUACGUCACGGGCAACCUCGAUGCCCGAUACGCCGAGGACGUCCGCGAUAUAUUGGUCGAUCCACCCGAGACUGGAAAGUACCAGUUACUCAAAACGGAGCUCAUACGCCGGCUCGGGACCUCACAGGAGAAAAAGACACGGCAGUUACUCGAACAAGAGGAGAUGGGAGACCGAAAGCCGUCCCAGUUCCUUCGCCACCUGCGUGGGCUGGCGGGCACCGCCGUUCCGGACGAGUUGCUCAAAACCAUCUGGCUAGGGCGAAUGCCAGCGUCCAUGCGGGUCAUCCUGGUAACCCAGACGGAAGCCGGUUUGGAGAAGAUGGCCGAGCUCGCCGACGCCGUCAGCGACGCCUUGCCUGAAAGGCACCAGGUCGCGGCCGUAUCGACGGACUCGUUCGAGACGAUGCUCGAGCGAUUGACCGUCCAUAUCACCGCCAAAAUGGGGGAGUUGGCGAAUGGACUUCGCCAAGAGAUCGCGGCGGUAGAGGACCGCGUGUCGGCUCGCGGUAGCCGAUCGCGGGAGCGGCGUUCACCGUCCGGGCAGCGCGCGCGCAGCCGCGGUCGCGGCAAGGACGGCGUCUGCUGGUACCACUGGCGGUUUGGUGCUGACGCGACAAGAUGCGAACCGCCGUGCAACUUCCGCUCGGGAAACGAUCAGGGCGGUCACUAA